UUAAAUACAUUAAUUACGGGUAAAGGAGAAGAUAAUUGUUUUUAUUUUUCUAAAGAAAAGUACUCUAAAAUACUUUCGGAAGUGGUUUCGGCUAAACCUAAGUGCACCACACCUUUGGAUUAUAGACGAUUAAAACGUUUUGACGUUUUAAAAAUUAAUGAUGAAGAGAAGUUAAUUGUGCCAUUAAAACCAGGGGAAACGCAUAUCCAGUAUUAUUGUCAAAUGAAACACAAUGUACCUAAGAAAGGUAUUGUUGUGAAACCAAUGGUCAGUUCUGAGUUAAACUCAAGAUGUCAAGUUGAUCUGAUAGAUCUGCAGUCAAACAGAGAUGGCGAAUAUAAGUUCAUAAUGGUGUAUCAAGAUCAUUUAACUAAGUUUGUCCAGCUACGACCUUUGAAAACUAAAAGAGCUGAAGAAGUAGCGCAUCACGUUCUUUCAAUAUUUUUAACCUUUGGUGCACCAGCAAUAUUGCAAUCAGAUAAUGGUAGAGAAUUCAAUGGUUUACCCUUUGUUCAAUUUGCAAAGAACACUACAUACCACGCAGGAAUACGCCAAAGUCCUUAUGAAGCCAUGUUUGGCGUUAAAGUAAAAAGAGGCAUAGCAUCGUCUUUUUUGCCUAGCGAACAAAUCGCAAAUAUUGAAACCGAAGAACAACUCGAAGAAAUUGCCAAUACUUUUGAAACCGAAGAACAGCUUGAAAAAACUGUUAAUACUUCUGUGGUGCCGAAAUAUCAGGACACCUAA